AUGCUGGAGAUCAGAAAGUAUCAAAAAAGUACUAGUCUACUUAUUGCCAAGGCGCCCUUUUCUCGUUUGGCAGCUGAAGCCUUUUUGGUGCAUCUCAUGGAAGACGCCUACCUGUGCACCCUCCAUGCUAAACGGGUCACCCUCCAUCCAAGAGACAUCCAGUUGGCUCGCCGGAUCCGUGGCAUCGAUCAGGGUUUGGGUUAG